GACCAGCUAUGAGUGGAUGUAGGGUGUGAGGAUGGGUCAAUUAUUGUAAGACGGUCGGAGGAUGCAAGGAUAGGCCAGUUCUUUUAACUCGAGUGCCAAUGCAAGGAUGGGCCAGUUCUUGCCCGACCUCACUUCGAGGAAAACCACGUAAUGAAAAGCGAGAAGGUAACUUGUGGCUAGGAGGAAGCAAAAGAGUGUGGAGCGUUGACGGGGCUCACUUAAUUAGGACUAUUACAAGGAGUACCAGCAUUCUUAAGAUCAAUAGAAGAAAUUUGCUUUCGAUUCCUGUGCUGAAGACGAGAAAGAUCACCGCAAGACAAGCAAACGAGCUCAUCUUAACGACGUGUCAGAUGCGAGGCAAGCACCCAGGUAUGAAGUUCAAGACAAAAAUGGUCUGUCAGUCAGCGAUGAAAGACCGCAUAACGAGACUCGAUUCAGGAGCACUACCUCUAGCUUAACAUCGGGACAUACCAGAAGCAGCAUGAAACUUGCUCUACCAACAGCCGAAGAUGGUAGCCACCUAAGCUAGCAACAGAAAGGUGAGCGCAUGUGGGCCCAAUCCUAGUUUGGCACACUGGAUUAGUUUAGCACAUUUGCGAAAAUGAGAGCUGGGGUCUCAAACUAGGAUUGUGCACUGUGGUGACAAGCACACUGACACCUGUGCAAUAUGUACUAUCUAUACUAUGUUCGAACUUAUAAUGCGUAUGUACGGCAAGUAGUAUAUUUUUGUGUUAUUUGUACAAAAUAAAAUGUAUGAAAAUACAAUUUGUGUUUCUGUUU